GCCACAAAUUAGCAAUUGGUCGAGCGAGGAAGGCAAACGAGAGCAAUCGCUGCCGCGGAAGCAAGCAGGAAACUAGCUCGAGAAUGCAGCUUGGAGCCAUGGCCACUGCCCCCCUCUUCUCUCCUUCCUUGCUCUUCGCAAAGACCGAUCCAAGAAGUGCUAGAAGAUCCCGUCGCGAUCCUGCUACUCCUUUCCUCUAUAAUCCUCUCGCCCGUGCAGCUUCUUCCCCCUUUGGUUCUUCUCUUAGGUCCUCUUCUAGGAGGUUGCAUCGAGUGAAGGCCGCAACGGUGCAAGAGAAAGAUGAGAAGGUGAAAGUGGAGGAAUCUUUUCCUGCAAAAGAACUACUGUACAAUGAGAAAGACGCAACCAAUUCAGAACCAGGAACCAGUGAACCAGUAUCAUGGAAUGUUAAGCUUGAACAGUCCUUUAACAUUUUUCUGACAGAUACAACAAUCAAUAUCCUUGAUUCGUUAUAUCAUGAUCGCCACUAUGCAAGAUUCUAUGUCUUGGAAACCAUAGCUAGAGUCCCAUACUUUGCUUUUAUAUCUGUCUUGCACCUGUAUGAGAGCUUUGGUUGGUGGAGAAGGUCUGAUUAUCUGAAAGUACAUUUUGCUGAAAGCUGGAAUGAGUUUCACCACCUACUUAUCAUGGAGGAAUUGGGGGGCAAUGCUUUCUGGUUUGAUCGUUUCCUCGGUCCAUUUGUUGCAUUCUUUUACUACUUCAUGACUGUUGGAAUGUACAUGUUGAGCCCCAGAAUGGCAUAUCAUUUUUCGGAAUGUGUUGAGCAGCACGCAUAUUCAACCUAUGACAAGUUUAUAAAGCUCCAAGGAGAUGAACUAAAAAAAUUGCCUGCUCCAGCAGCUGCCAUUAACUACUACCUGAAUGAAGAUUUAUACCUGUUUGACGAAUUCCAAACCUCAAGAACUCCCAAGACUAGGAGACCCAAAAUAGAGAAUCUUUAUGACGUUUUCAUCAACAUUCGUGAUGAUGAAGCCGAACACUGCAAGACAAUGGCAGCCUGCCAAACUCACGGGAAUCUUCGCUCUCCGCACUCGCCCAAAACCUCUGAAUGAAUGUCGAAGGCCUCAAUGACGCAUAAGUAGACAUAGUUUGUAUAUAGUAAACCUUAGAUGACUCUCUUGUUAACUUGUUUGAUAAAAAAGCAUGAGUUCUUCUUUGACUUACCUACAAAUGAAAUAGAUGUCGAUCGCACACAACUCGUGUCCCUGCUCGAGAUGGAUCGAUGUCGUAUGUCUCAGGAAUACUAAAGGCUUCUUAAUUUCAUGUUGGCUCCAAAUAAUGACAGUGUAGCUUUGAGUACUAACAUAGUUGUUAGCUUUGUAUUAUAUUUCUUUUGAAAUUAUUAAUUAUCUUUAA